AUGAGCCAGAGUUUGGCGGCUGAAGCUGAGGCCAUAGACGCCCCCCAGGGCUGUGGGAGCCCUCCAGGUUCAGAACUGGGAGGUCCCGGGGAGCCCCGUGUUGCGGGGGCGUCGGGUCGGCCGUGGGAGCCGGCAGGUACUGUGGUCAGCCCCGCGCCAGAGCAGCCGGGGCCACGGGAAUCCUGGCGCACAGUGGGCCCGUGGCCGGGGACAGCAGGCGUGUGCCGGGAGGGCGGUGUCCUGAGGCGCUGA